AUGGCGGCUGCUUUGUUAUCAAAUAGAAAUUUGAGUAAAUUAAUUAAAAUUCGUAUGAAACACUCCACAACAACAAAUUAUUAUCGAGGAAUAGUGUAUCAUAAACCUCCCCUGAAUAUAAUUUAUAAACAAUGCGCAGUGACGAGUCAUUUCAGGACUUAUUCUUCAAAUCACCCUAACAGUGUGGCAAGAGGGGAUGCGGCUAAAAAUGUCCUUACUGCGGUGUUAGCAAACAAACCCAAAACUGGAAAAAUACCAGUUGGUAUCCAAAAACGGGACUGCUUUCACCCAGGUGCUUCUGUUUUAUCUCGUGAAGAUAUAAAUCUGGGGGAUGCCAAACCGGUGUCAGGAGCUGAUAUGUUUAGGGGCAUGCUGGAGUAUAUAUGGCCAAAGGACAAUCAAAUGAUUAGAAACCGAGUGAUGCUAUCUCUCUCACUUCUGUUUGGAGCAAAAGUGAUAAACGUUACUGUCCCCUUCCUCUUCAAAUAUGCCGUAGACGAGGUGAACCAGGCUACGAUGACACCAGCAGGAGAUGCUUUGUUAGGGAUGGCAACAGUUCCUCAAGCAUUGGGCACGGCUGCAUUUAGUUUAUUAGUUGGGUAUGGUAUAGCUCGCGCCACAGCGGCAGGAUUUAAUGAGCUGCGUAAUGCGGUGUUUGCAAAAGUUGCUCAACAUUCGAUAAGGAAACUGGCGUGUAAUGUGUUCAUGCAUUUGCACAAUCUUGAUUUGAGUUUUCAUCUGGGAAGACAGACAGGGGCUUUAUCGAAGACCAUAGACAGAGGAUCACGCGCCAUAAACUUUGUCCUGUCAGCGAUGGUGUUCAAUAUUGUACCGACAGUGUUCGAGUUGGCGUUGGUUACGAGUAUAUUGGGCUUAAAAGGCGGAGUUGCGUUUGCAGGUCUGGCGUUCGGGUGCGUGGGCGUGUACGCGGCGUUCACGCUGGCGGUGACGCAGUGGCGCACGCAGUUCCGCGUGCACAUGAACCGCGCCGAGAACGAGGCCGGCAACAAGGCCGUCGACUCGCUCAUCAACUACGAGACCGUCAAGUAUUUCAACAAUGAAAAAUACGAGCUGCAGAAAUACGACGCGAGCUUAAAGAAAUACGAAGAGGCCUCUCUGAAGACUGCUUCAAGUUUGGCCUUGUUGAACUUCGGCCAACACGCCAUAUUCAGUGGCGGCCUUAGCAUGAUCAUGAUAUUGGCCGCGAAUGAAAUCGCUAAAGGUAACAUGUCGGUGGGCGACCUGGUGAUGGUGAACGGUCUGCUGUUCCAGCUGUCGGUGCCGCUGGGCUUCCUCGGGUCCGUGUACCGCGAGGUGCGCCAGGCGCUCGUGGACAUGCAGACCAUGUUCACGCUCAUGACCGUGCAGUCCAGGGUCAAGGAAAUAGAUAAAGCACCCCCUCUUAUGAUAGAUACUAACUCAGCGACCAUAGAAUUCAAAAACGUCAACUUUAAAUAUAUAAACGGGAAGCCAAUUUUCAACAAUCUGAAUUUGACGAUUCCCGCGGGCCAAAAGAUAGGCAUCGUUGGUGGUUCCGGCAGCGGCAAAUCAACUUUAGUGCGUCUAUUAUACCGUUUCUUCGAGCCUCAGUCCGGUGAAAUAUUGGUUGGAGGGCAGAAUAUCAAAGAUGUCGAGUUGGCCACACUCAGGAGAGCUAUAGCGAUAGUUCCACAGGAUUGUGUACUAUUCCACGACACGAUAUACCACAAUUUGCAUUACGGCGAUCUGACGAAAUCAGCCGAGGAAGUGUACCAGGCGAGCAAAAUGGCCGAAAUGCAUGAUUCUGUUAUAACAUGGCCGAAGGGUUACGACACACAAGUGGGCGAGCGUGGAUUAAAAUUAUCCGGCGGUGAGAAGCAACGUGUGGCCAUCGCGCGAGCGAUACUAAAAAACUCUCCCAUCAUAGUGUUCGACGAGGCUACCUCCAGUCUAGAUUCUAUCACCGAAAACGCGAUCCUGCAGGCGCUGCGCGCGGCCACCUUGGGGCGCACGUCCGUGUGCAUCGCGCACCGGCUGGCCACGGUGGCGGACGCGGACCGCAUCGUGGUGCUGCAGCGCGGCCGCGUGGCGCACGCCGGCACGCACCGGCAGCUGCUGGCCGACCGCGCCUCGCUCUACUACCGCCUGUGGCACGCGCAGACGCACGACCGGGACGUACCCCCCACCCCCACCGCGUAG